AUGGAAAUGCUAAUUGGCUUUACUAGAUGCUUUGGUGAUAAGGGCGACGUGGAAGAUAUCACAGAAGCGGAUAUCAUUUCUACUGUCGAGUUCGAUCAUACCGGAAAUUAUCUUGCUACAGGAGAUAAGGGUGGGAGAGUAGUAUUGUUUGAGCGGAAUGAGACGAAAAAAACAUGCGAGUAUAAAUUUCACACCGAGUUCCAGUCCCACGAGCCAGAAUUCGACUAUCUGAAAUCACUAGAGAUCGAGGAGAAGAUCAACAAGAUUAAGUGGUGCAGACGAUCAAACUCGUCUCAUUUUCUUCUCUCGACAAAUGACAAAACGAUAAAACUCUGGAAGGUGUUCGACAAGUCGCUGAAGGUCGUUGCAGAAAAUAACCUCUCGACUGAGCUUACGCCCGCAGGCGUUGGGGGUGGAGGGGCGCCUCGCGCCCCUCGUUUGUCUUUCAAGGAUCCAUCAAUGUUGAAGCUUCCCCGGAUGACGCACCAUGAUACCGUUGUGGCAGCCGUGCCUCGAAGGACGUAUGCAAAUGCACACGCAUACCACAUAAACAGCAUCUCCGUCAACAGCGACGGAGAAACUUUUAUUAGUAGUGAUGACCUGCGAAUCAAUCUGUGGAACCUUAAUAUUCAAGACCAGAGUUUCAACAUUGUCGAUAUCAAACCCGCAAACAUGGAGGAGCUGACGGAAGUGAUUACGGCUGCGGAGUUCCACCCCACCAGCUGCAAUUGGUUUAUGUACGCCAGCUCGAAAGGCACAAUCAAGCUUGCCGACAUGCGACAGCGGGCGCUGUGUGAUGAACACCAUAAACUUUUCGAACAAGAGGAGGAUGCCUCCUCCCGCUCAUUCUUCUCCGAAAUUAUUUCUUCGAUUUCCGACGUACGGUUUUCGCAUGAUGGUCGCUAUAUCGUGUCCAGGGACUACCUCACUGUUAAAAUCUGGGAUGUCAACAUGGAGCGCCAGCCAGUGAAGACGAUUCCCAUCCACGAACAUUUGCGGCCACGCCUGUGUGACACUUAUGAGAAUGACAGUAUCUUCGACAAGUUUGAAGUGGUCUUCUCAGGAGACGCAGAGAAUGUCAUGACUGGAAGUUACAACAACAACUUUAUGAUCUACCCUACCGAUCCUGCCAAGGAGACCGAGAUUGUGUUGCAGGCGGAUAAAUCGGCGUUCAAAGCAAAGAAAGUUGGCGUGCCAACGCCGAUGAACAAGGGUGCCAAUGGCAAGAAGGGAAAUACCCGAGCUGGAAGCCCUGGUGGUCCUGGCAGCCGGAUGAAGAAGGAGACCGACGCAGAUCAGAUCGACUUUAACAAGAAGAUCUUACACAUGAGCUGGCAUCCUUACGAGGAUAGUAUUGCUAUUGCUGCUACUAACAACCUUUUUGUUUUCUCCGCAUUGUAA